AAUAACUUUUAUUAGCCGAUCCGCAACUGUGUGACGUUAUCAUCGUCCUCACAAAAAAGUGAACAUUCACUGUUACAUAAAUCCAAAGUAAACCCCUCAAAAUUCAAAUCAACUUACAUAACAAUGCUUACAGCUCUAAGAACCACCUCCACAUCAACACUCCCUCGAUUUUACUCUCUAAUCGCCGCUUACAGAUCAAUAACCACUCUGGUAAUUGCAGAACACGAAAACGGAGCUAUACAAUUACCCUCGAUCACCGCAGUUGAAGCCGCUAAAUCCUUAAGCAACGAUAACAAUUCCAUCUCCGUUUUAUUAGCCGGGUCGGGUCCUUCCCUUCACCAAGCUGCUAAGCAUGCCGCCACGUGUCAUCCCUCAAUUUCACAGGUACUUGUAGCUGAUUCGGAUAAAUUUAGAUAUCCACUGGCAGAAGCAUGGGGUAAAUUGAUUCAUUUAGUUCAGCAAAAAGGCGGUUAUUCGCAUAUAAUUACUGCUGCGAAUUCGUUUGGGAAGAAUGUUUUACCGCGUGCUGCGGCUUUGUUGGAUGUUUCUCCGGUUACUGAUGUUAUCAGUAUUUCUGAUUCUAAUCAGUUCAUUAGACCAAUUUAUGCCGGAAAUGCACUUUGUACAGUUCGAUACACUGGCAUCAAUCCUUGUAUGCUGACUAUCAGAUCGACAUCUUUUCCGUUACCUGCUUUAUCAGCUGAUUCACAGUCUAAUGAAGCUCAUAUUUCCCAGGUUGAUCUCUCAACCUUUGAUGAAGAUUCUAUUGGUAAGUCUAGAUACGUGCAACAUACAUCUCAGGAUACAGAACGACCUGACCUUGGAAGUGCACGAGUUGUGGUUACUGGGGGCCGAGCAUUGAAAAGUGCUGAGAACUUUAAAAUGAUUGAGAAGCUUGCAGAAAAGCUUGGUGCAGCUGUUGGUGCUACCCGUGCUGCCGUUGAUUCAGGAUUUGUUCCAAAUGACCUUCAGGUUGGUCAGACUGGAAAAAUUGUUGCUCCAGAAUUAUACUUGGCUUUUGGUGUUUCAGGAGCCAUUCAACACAUUGCUGGCAUGAGAGAUUCUAGGAUCAUUGUUGCUGUAAAUAAAGAUGCAGAUGCACCUAUUUUCCAGGUAGCUGAUUAUGGACUUGUGGGUGAUCUUUUUGAGGUGAUACCAGAGUUGUUAGAGAAGCUUCCUGAGAAAAAGUAGGCAUAUGUGAUUGAACUUUUCGCGUCUUCAGAUGCUAAUGGAGUACAUAAUUUCUGGUUACUUGUAAUGUUUACUUGAGGAAAAUUAACUAUACUAAUAAUAUUAAGGGAACUUUGAUGCCAUUUUUUCUCAAGAACUAAAACUAUUUAAACGGCAAAUGCUUAUAAACCAUGUUUUCAACUCUAA